AUGUGUCGCCCAGACUGGCUUUAUUGCAGGACAAAGGACUGUAACAACCAUAUCAUCAGGGGCGGUAUCAAGUUUGAGGCCUAUUGUUACUCGCUCGAGAAUCCCAAUCGACUACAAGGCGGUCUACGACCAAAUGAUGAUUGGUUUUGCAACAAUAUAGAUUGGCUGUACAGUCCUCCACCUGACCAGCGCGUUCGGUCAAUGAUACAUUGCCAUGUACACCUCGAAGCGGCAAACAAGAAGAGGCUGAAGGAAGAAGAGGAGAAAAACAUCAAACGACAGGCAACUGAGAGGAAACUGAAGGAAAGAAGAGAGAAGAGGUUGAAUGACGGAAAUGAGGGGCACGCCAAACCAUUAGAGCCACUGCGCGUCGACCAACAAACACAUAGGCUCACCGGGGUAGCCAAGGCACAAAACAGCGCGGUGAGGUUCGGAUUACGCCAUAUAGAUACUCCACUGGUUCCUAGAAAGCGACCUACUACUAAGAGACCAUCCGUUGCUAAGAAGAGCACGGAUAAGCCAGUUGUCCAACGCGGCAAACCUUGA